GAAGUGGCUCACAGACUUGUUACGUCACUACCGUUUGGUGAAUUCCUUUUCCUCUCUUUUGUGUGCAUCUUUUCCUUUACAGCUUUACUAACAUUUGUGCCCUGAUAUUGAAGUUAACAUCCCUGUAACGGCUGAAGGAGAGUGAAGUGUUCUUGUUACUGAGAUAGGUUGGUGCACGGAAAAAUAACCAAACAGACCAUCAGCAGCAUCAUGUCUGCAGAAGUGGACCUGUCCCCUCCAGAGGUCCCUGAACCCACCUUUCUAGAGAGCCUCCUGCGCUAUGGGCUGUUUCUGGGUGCCAUCUUCCAGCUCAUCUGCAUCCUCGCUGUCAUCUUCCCCACAUCCAAGGGACACGAAUAUGAAGAGACUGAGUUCACUGAUGGCAAGGCCACCGAACAGCUGAAGAAACCUAAAGGACUGACCCCGCAGCUUCGGCAGAAACCAAAGAAAGAGAGCAAGAAGAAGCGAUAGAUAGUGCUGCGUGUGUGCAUGUGUUAAGGUUUGUGUGAAUGCGUGUGUUUGUCGACAUCCGUCAAUCAACAUUAAACGGUUACAAUUAUCACUGCAGGAUAUGAAACACUAAUGUUAUAUUACAACAUUAAACAUGUCUACAUUUAAUUUGAGACACCUUGACCUUUAUAUUGACAACAGUAUUAAAAAGAGCAAUAGUCAUGGCGUGUUUAUGCAGCUUCAUAUUUCAUUGCAUAUUUGUUUUGCAAUUGUAUUUUAUAAUAAAUAUCAUUGAUUGAAUUGUAUUUGGAUUUCAACAGAAAAAUAAAUCCACUCUGUAGUCAUUCA